UUUGUAUUCUAUCAAUGUGACGACAUUGCAAUACAGACACGGCAGAAUACCUCCAAGUGGAUACCGCGCUGGCAGAUCUCAGAUAUUGCAAGGACCAAACGUACUGUACAAAAGCCCCGUCAAGAUAGCACAAUGGAUUCUUUACGGUGGGAAUUGCUCCAAAACUACCUUGAUCGUCUGUUCUGGCCCAUACCAAUGGCGUUUUUCAAAUAUCUCAUCGCAUUGUGCCCGGCACUCAUAGCCGCGCAGAAUGCAUCCACUGGUCCUUACCCUAGUUGUACAACUCUUCCACUUCGUGACAAUCCCGUCUGCGAUGAAUCUCUUGAUCCUGCAUCACGGGCAGAAGGCCUUGUCGCUGCAAUGAACAUAUCGGAAAAGCUGAUCAACCUUGUUGAUCACGCUCCGGGAGUUCCUCGUCUCGGUAUACCAGCGUACGAUUGGUGGGGUGAAGCUCUGCAUGGAGUUGCGUAUUCUCCAGCAGUGCAUUAUGCCAUGUCUGGCGAAUUCUCCUCUGCUACCUCAUUUGCCAAUCCAAUAACAAUAUCAGCUGCUUUCGACGAUGAAUUGGUGGAGCGAAUCGGGAAGACCAUCGGCACCGAAGGAAGAGCAUUUGCAAAUGUAGGGAGAGCCGGACUGGACUUUUGGACUCCAAACAUUAAUCCUUUCAAAGAUCCGCGCUGGGGUAGAGGAUUGGAGACGCCGGGAGAAGAUGCAUUUCGUGUUUCCCAGUAUGUGAAGCAUCUGUUGAGGGGCAUGGAGUGGGCUUCUGAAGAGCCAUCCGAAGCUCGUGGUCGUCAAAUUAUUGCCACGUGCAAACACUUUGCCUCCUACGACCUGGAACGCUGGGAGGGCAUCGUGCGCCAAAAAUUUGAUGCUCAAGUGCGCUUGCAAGAUCUGGUUGAGUACUAUCUUCCGUCCUUCCGGCAAUGUGCAAGAGACAGCAAUGUAGGGAGUAUUAUGUGUGCAUAUAAUCGGGUCAACGGUACACCGGCAUGCGCAGAUAGCUACAUGAUGCAGACAGUAUUGAGAGAGCACUGGGGCUGGACGAAACAUGGAAACUAUAUCGUGAGCGACUGCAAUGCGGUUAAAAACAUCUGGGCAGACCACAAAUGGGUCAGCACUGCCGCGCUGGCGUCAGCAAAAGCGUUCAACGCUGGAAUGGAUAACGUAUGCGAAGUAAGCCGAGGAAGCACUGACGUCGUCGGAGCCUUCAACCAAAGUCUUGUGACCGAAGAGGUUCUUGAUACGAGCUUGAAGAGACAAUAUGAGGGUCUGGUUCGCGCUGGGUAUUUCCAGAAAUCUCCAGAUCCUACCGGCUACCGAUCUUACGGAUGGGACUCGGUGAACACAGACGCUGCUACCAGUCUCGCUAAGCAAUCUGCUACUGAUGGAAUCACACUUCUCAAGAACGACGGCGCACUCCCUAUGCAAUUCAAGCAGAAUCAGACUGUCGCGCUGAUAGGAAUGUGGGCUAACGACACUCGGAAUCGGAUGCUCGGAAAUUACUUCGGUCGUCCGCCGUACUAUAGAACGCCGCUAUGGACAGCACAGCAGACCAACAUCAGUACUCUAUACGCCGACGGGCCAGUUGCACAGAACAGCUUCAAUCAAUCGGCUGCAAUUGAGGCCGCACGGGCCGCCGAUACUAUACUUUAUUUUGGCGGCAUCGAUGGGUCUAUCGAAGCCGAAGACCUUGAUCGCACUGAGAUCACCUGGCCAAGUCCUCAGCUCUCGCUUUUAUCUGCUCUAUCAGAGCUCGGAAAACCUAUCAUAGUGGUUCAGUUGGGCACCAGUCUUGACAAUUCUCCACUCCUCGAUAAUCCAAGUAUCGGCGCUAUCGUUUGGGCCGGAUACCCAGGCAUGUAUGGCGGUCCGGCUGUCUUUGACGUUCUUACUGGAGAGAAGGCACCCGCGGGUAGACUUCCUAUCACGCAGUAUCCUGGAGAGUAUGCAGAGAUAGUCAAUAUGACUGAUAUGACUCUGAGACCAAGCGAUAAGAAUCCCGGUCGAACAUACCGGUGGUAUGAUCAGGCGGUCCAAGAAUUUGGUUUUGGACUCGGUUAUUCUAAUUUCAGCGUCAAGUUUGGCGAAUACCCCAAGAGCGUUGUGUCAGUUGGCGAUUUGAAUUGUGACGAAGAGUAUCAGGACCUCUGCGCUUUCUCUCAAAAGGUACCUGUUGUCGUUACAAACGAAGGUGGAAUUACAUCAGAUUAUGUGGUAUUGAUCUUUGCGAAGAGCGAGGCUGGUCCUGCACCACAGCCCAAGAAGUCUUUGGUCGGAUACCAGAGACUGAGGGAUAUAGAACCGGAAGAGGAAAGAGAGGCCGAGUUCGAGUUGACAGUGGGUAGUUUCUCGAGGGUACUGGACAACGGAGACUCGAUCCUCUAUGAUGGAAAGUAUUGCCUGGUCUGGGAGGGAAGUCUCGACGGAAACAAUGGAGAAGAGCAGCUAUGCUUAGACAUUGUCGAUGGGGACUCGACAGGACAGACUUUGGUCGAUAAAUGGCCGCAACCGAAGGGAGGGAACGGAACAGCAGCCGGAGGGUCAGUAUGA